UGAGCUACUCAGUUUAGGGCAGAGCAUUUUUGGCCCUCGUAGUAGCAGUAACGACAGGAUGAGAUUAGUGGACAGGUUGGUACUGUUGGCCAUCGUUGCCUGUGGUUGUAUUGUUGUCUCGCAGUCGAGCCCACUAGAUCCGGACCGGUAUCUGCUGGUUGAGGCUGAACCACGGGCUGCUCUCGAGGACUAUCGGCUGAAUGAAGAUGUGUGGCCUUCGCACUAUGACAUCGAGAUCACACCAUACUUCGCCGAUGAAGGAACCAAAAAGGCAUUCACGUUUGAUGGCAGAGCAUCGAUAAGGGUCAAAACGACGCUCACCGGUAUCAGUACCAUCAAGCUGCACAUGGUUCGAAUGGAAAUCACCCAGUGGAGCAUUACACGCGUACUGAAUGGUGCUGAUGUCCCACGGAAUCCAGAGGCUUACGAUCCGGAAACGGAAAUUCUUACCCUUACGCUGCCAUCACCGCUCACCCCGAACGAAGAGUAUCUGCUGAACUUUGUGUACAUUGGCAAUAUGGAUGAGGAUAUGCGUGGGUUCUAUCGUAGCUACUAUCUCGAGAACGGACAGAAAGUUUGGAUGGGUUCUACUCAGUUUGAACAAACAGAUGCUCGGCGAGCAUUCCCAAGUUUUGAUGAACCACGCUACAAGGCGACAUGGUCGAUAAAGAUCAUUCACACUGCCCAGUACAACGUGUUCUCCAACACGCCAAUUAUUAGCGCGAUAUCGAAUGGCGCAGGAAGAACCAUUACGACGUUUGCCAAAACUCCCGCCAUGUCGAGUUAUCUCGUAGCAUUCAUCGUGGCACCCUACCAAGUAACAUCCCGGGACGAGAUGGGUAUUCUGGCCCGUCCGCAAGCCCAAAACCAGACCGCCUACAGUUUGGACGUUGGAUUGAAGCUGCUGCGUGCAUUGGGUGAUAUGGUCGGCUAUCCUUAUACCAGUGUACCGGAAAUGACGCGCAUGUAUAUGGCCGCCAUACCCGACUUUUCGGCCGGUGCCAUGGAAAACUGGGGUCUAUUGACCUAUCGUGAGACCAACAUUCUCUACAGACCGGACGAUUCGACCAGCUUGCAACAGCAACGCAUUGCCGCCGUCAUCUCGCACGAAAUCGCCCACCAGUGGUUCGGAGAUCUACUUACAUGCGAAUGGUGGGAUGUAACCUGGCUCAAUGAAGGCUUUGCCCGGUACUUCCAGUACUUCGGAACGCAGCUUGUUGAGCAGAACUGGGAACUGGAGCAUCAGUUUGUGGUGGAGCAGCUGCAGGGUGUGAUGCAGAUGGACAGUCUAAGGAACACGCGUCCAAUGACACACCCAGUCUACACGCAGGCUCAGGCUAGUGGUGUCUUCGAUAACAUCUCGUACAAUAAGGGAGCCGUAAUGCUGCGACUCCUCGAGCACUUGCUAACUCCCGAACGAUUCCGAACGGCUUUGCGAGAGUACGUUCGGGACAACGCCUACCGUGCAGUACGUCCGGACGAUUUCUUCACCGUCCUGAAUCGCUUCGAGGCGACGGUCAAGAUGCACCUGGAACCCUGGACGGUACAAGGUGGAUACCCGCUAGUUACUGUCACCAGCACUGAUAAAGGAUUCACGCUGACGCAACGGCGUUUCCUGGUGAACGAGCUGACUCACAACGAUAAUACCCUCUGGUCUCUGCCCAUCACUUAUGCCACCAAGGCAGCGGACUUUGCCAACACGCAGCCCUCGUUCCACGAGGGUGCAACGAUAACGCUAGAAGUUGCCGGUGCCGCCGAUGCGCCAUACUUCAUCCUCAACAAUCAGCAGGUUGGCUACUAUCGGGUAAACUACGAUGCUGGACUUUGGGCAAAGAUUAGCAAGGCUCUGCAUAGCGAAGGCUUCGGUGGUAUCCACGUGCUCAACCGGGCGCAACUGGUGGACGAUCUGUUUAACCUGGCCCGUGGUGAUGUCGUUCCGUACGGAACGGCGCUCGACAUUCUCGAGUAUUUGAAGGAAGAGACCGAAUAUGCUCCCUGGUUGGCAGCGGUCAAUGGACUUACCACUUUGGCCCGUCGUGUGCACGAGGAAGAUGAGCAACUGUUCAAGCACCACAUUUUGGAUAUUUUCGGCAAAGUGUACGGCGUAGUGAAGUUCCAGGCUCCGGCCACCGGUGAACGACGCGUCCACACCUAUCUGCGACAGAACGUGCUGCAGUGGGCUUGCAACUAUGGACACGAGGAAUGUAGUGAAGCGGCUGUUAAGGAAUUUGAGAGUUUCUUCCAGAAUCCUACAGUCAAAGUAAAUCCCGAUCUGCGCCAGGUCGUCUAUUGCGAGGGCAUCCGCAAGGGAACGAGACAACAUUUUGAGUUCCUGUGGAACCAAUAUCUUACUAGCAACAUGGCCACGGAGCAGAUUCUGAUCCUCCAAGGUCUGGGUUGUGCAUCUUCGAAGGAAUUGGUCAAUAUUAUGUUGGAUGCCAUUACGACCGAGAACAUCAGGCCGCAGGACAAAAGCAACGCGUACACGUACGUUAUUAACAACGCAUACACUCUGCCCCACGUGUCAGCGUAUCUGCAGCAGAACCACGCCAUUUGGGCCGCAGCGCACGGCAGCUAUUUGAAUGUAGCAUCGGCAUUCAACAACCUGCUCGCUCGUUUGAAGAACGACGCAGAGAAGAACAAGAUCAGCUCGUUCAUUGAGACUAACAAGGCUGUGCUUGGUACGGCAGCAUACGAUUCUAUCAAGCAAGGACUGGACGAUUACGAAACCAACAAACAGUUCACGACGAAGAACCGCGAUGAAAUUCGCGACUUCCUGAAGAAGAAAGCAGAUGGUGGAGCUGCCACUGUGCUCACUAACGUUUCGUUGAUCGUCGGUUUGGUUGUGUUUGCUCUUUCGCGCCAGUAACGCGCAACGAACGCAGCAUAACAGAGAUUAUGGCUACAUAUCCAAAAUAAACUGGUCAUAAACAUAUUAA